UCGGUGCGUCGUGCGAUACGCAGGGAGCGUGUACAAGGAUAGGGACGCGAUCUCGCGCUGCGUCAGAGCGUUCGUGUCUCUCAAAUAAACAAAUUAGACGCGACGCGCACGACGACUCGCAUUCAUAGCGACGCAAAGUCGCGAAACGUCGUCGUCAUCGACUUCAAGGCGACGGGGCUUGCCGUAGACGAGGAAGCGAAACACGGACUAUCCCUUUCUCAGGAAGGCAACGUCUGACAGGAAACUGAAAAUCUACCGAUUCCCCCGAAACGUCGUGAUAAGUGCACUGCCGUUAUAAACGAUACAGCCUCGUUAUCUAGAUUAGCGUAAAUCGUUCGAAUUAGCACUGAGAUUAGCGCUGCUACGCUAUUGCGACAGCCGCUAGUGAACUCGCUAAACGGUCUCGACCCGACAAGCCACGAGAUUCGAUAACGACCAGAGAAUUAUCUGACGCGUCAUCUUCAGCGAGAGUUAUCUCCAUUGAUCGGUCCAGCUGCGGAGACGCAUGGUACGUUCGCGCUAACGCCGCCCUCGCCUCCAGAGGAGCAGUCCCCGGACACGUCUCUCUCUCUUCGGGCGUUUUGACCCAAACGCAGUUCACGGGCCAUGUCGCAUCGUUCGGGUGGCGAAGACGCGAGUGCACCUUCAAGGAUAAUAGUCGUCCUUCGCGAACAUCUGAUCGCGGAAUAUCGCGUCGCCGUGUAAUCCUCGUGUAACCCUCGUGCACGUAUGUGCUUAAUGAGAGACAGAGUGACUGGUGUCGCCGAGACUGCGGAACUCUAUCUUGUGAAAAGACAAACUGUAUUUUUCUCGGUACGCAUUUAUCGAACUGCAACCGCGCCUUUGCUUUUUAUCGUGUUCCCGAGACUUUUCAGGGCGGGGACAUGUUUGUAGUGUAAGCGAGAGAAAAGUUUCCAAAAGGUUUAGACGGAUGUCACGUGUCGUUGCUCUGCGAUAGCCGCCGCGAGAGAGAGAGAGAGAGAGAGAGAGAUAGAUAGAUAAUUGCUGCAAAAUGCUAGUUGGUAGUUACCAAUACGUCAGCCAGUAUCAAAAUGUAUCAUCCUCGUCGAAGGAAAUUGGUGCUUGCAGCGGUGCUUACAGAAGUCCCUUUCGAACGACCAGCAUGCCGUUGCAGGACAUCACAAUGAGCCAGACUUUGCCACUAAUGAACGGUGGAAACCCAGCACCAUAUGGUACAAGUUCUGCUGGAGCCAAAGACGGAACGUCGAUGGCGGGAUUGGCAGGUUGGAGCGGAGGUAGCGGCGGUGGCGGAGUCGGCAGAACCAUGAAAGAAUAUGAGGAUCUGUUAGGGAACUUGCAGAAGGAGAACUUUAAUCUAAAGCUGCGAAUUUAUUUCCUAGAAGAACAAGCAGGCAUCUCUCAGACCGACCAGGAUGUGGUUAAGAAAAACAUAGAGUUAAAUGUCGAGAUGGAAUCUAUGAAGAAGGAAUUAAUAGAGAAACAGGAACUUCUCAGUCAAGCGGCAAAAGCCUUUGAAUUAAUCGAGGAGCAGAAAGAAGCGACUGCCCGAGAUCAAGCUCAACGUCAGCAAUUGCUUGAGAAGGAACGGGAGAAAGUGACCAGACUCGAGAAAGAAUUAACGGAGUACCGAGAAAGAGAUAUAAACGCGUCAAUGUACUAUAAAGAAACAUUCGGCCUCACCCCGGAGCAGGCAUUGGAAAACACAGAAAAGUUGCGACAAAUGGAAGAAUUGGUGGCCUCUCUCGAAGCGGAGGUGAAGCAGAUAAGCAGCAGUUUGGAAGAGGAGCGCAGCUGGGCGCAGGAACUCGAGAACGAGAGGGACCAGCUGAGGGAGCGACUGGACGUGGAGGUGCGACUCCGCGAGAAGCAGGACACGAAUCGAAUGUGUGACAUCGACGGGCUGCGUGAGAAGGUGAAGGAGCUGGAGGAGCAGUUGUUCAAGAAAGACUCUACUGUGCAACAAUACAGAAACGACCUCGUCGAACGCGACCGGCUCAUCAAGGAGAAGAGUGCGCUGCUGCUGGAGAAGUGCCAAGCGUACGAGGAGCUCAAUCUGGUCUCCGAGAAGAGGAAACAGCAGAUCGUGCAACUGAGAGCAUCCGUGAAAACUCGCGACGACGCCCUCACGGAUCUCAAUUAUAAGCACCGCGCGUUGUUAUCACAGUGUGAAAAUAGCUAUGGCAAACGCUCAUCGUCCAGCAGUCCCUCGACUUUGAAUCCAUUGACGUCCCGUUUAUCGCCAUCUAUGGGGCAGAAACCGUCUUGUGUUCGCGAUAUCAUGGAGAUGGAUGGUACGUACACCGAUUUGGAAUCGUACAAAGAAAAAUCGGUAAAUUUGUCACCCCUACAAAUGGUCGGCGAGGAUACCAGGGAAGUUAUCCAAUUAACGAAGGAAUUAGAGGAGAGGGACAGCGAAUUGAAGCGACUGGAGGAAGCAAGGAAGCAGUUAGUACUGAGACUGUGUAACACGCAAAAGUACGCGGAGAAUACGGAGCAGAGGCUGAAGAAAAUGGAAGGCGAGCACGAGAAAGCCAUCAGGGCGAUACAGGGCUUCAUGGAGCGCGAGCAGCAGAUGCGAGACGCGAACGCGCGGAAGGAACGGAGAAUCCUGGAACUGGAGGUGGAGUUGCGCAAGUUACGCGACUCCGAUGACACGAAGGUGAGAAGGAACGAACACGAUCUCGUCUUGUUGAAGGACCUUGGCGUCAGGCACGCGGACGGCAGCGAGAACAGUUCCUACAAACAGCAACGUUUCGAAGAAAUGGAAAGCAACAUUAAUGAUCUGCGGGGCGAAAUCGAGACAAUAAAAGCCGAGAAGUAUCUCUUGGAAAAACGGAUACAGGCGGAAUCUGAGGAAUUACAAGAACGUCUUCACGAUAAGGAGCAAAAGAUCGAGAUUCUGGAGACGGAGAAGCAGACUGUCGCGAGAGAAUUAACGGACAAGAUCACCGAACUGGAUGAUAAACUUAGGCAUGCCGAGAUGAACAUCACCGAUGACGAUGCUCCACGACGGGAAGAACUGCUCGAGCAACUGAAAGUACGGGACGUCGAGAUCGAGGAGAAGAACCGGAAGAUCGAGCAGCUGACGAAGGAACUGCAGGUGAAGACUCAGAACCUGCAGAAGCUGGUCAACACGGAGCUCUGGAGCAAGAACAAGGAAAUCGCCAAGCUGCACAAUCACAUGACUGCGUCGUACAACUCCGAUAGAAGCCGCAAUAAACCCGAAACCGUCCAGGAAAGCGGUAGUUCGCAACUGUCGAGUCUGAUUCGUGAGUUGGGCGAGAUCGGCAUCAGAGCCACCUUCGCGAACGAAACCGCCCGUUUGAAUUACACCAAUGGAAACGGAACGGUGGACAUGAAGACGCUGGGUGAGUACGUUCGUAGACUGACGAGUCAGAAGAACGAUCUCGAGAAGGAGGUGGACUACCUGAAGUGGCUGAAACUGGUGUCGAAGCCCGACAUCAGUAUGGAGAUCGACGGCUGUGACGACGACAGCGAGUGGGCGAAGAAAUACUGUGAGCUGUUGCGCACGCAUCUUAAGGACCUAAUGAAGUUCAUGAAGGAGAUGCUGAGGAACGCCGAGCGCGCGGACACCGCCGGCACGGAGCAGAAAAAGAUGCUGUUGGAUGUUUUGCUCAACUCAAAGAUGCUGUCGGAUGAUUUUGUGCGCGCCCUCGAUGACGUGUCCGCGCAGGACGGCGCGAUCGCGCACGAUAGGCUCGAGAAUCCCGCGAAGAAGACUCGGCCCGAGGACGUCGCUGAGGCAGUGAAGAAUCAGGCCUCGCAGUCGGAUUCCGAGGCAUUCUCUGAACCUGACCGAACGGUCUCCAUGGCUAGAAUCGGUUUGCAGGAAACGCAACACAAGACCCCGAGCCGAUCCAGAUUUUCUAAGUAUACCGUCAAGACCUGCAGCGACUCCGAAGACUCCACGGAUUAUGUGCCUUAUUACAAGUCCUACCAGAAUGACUUGAACGACCUGGACACGAGCCACCAGAUACAGGAAUUGAAGGAAACGAACAACAUGUUGUACUCGGAACUUAGUGCCCUGCGGAACGAUUUAGUCACGAAAAUCUCCUUCGAUUGUGCAACCGACGAAAAGUUGACUCCUUUCAUUACGAAAUUGGAGAAGUCUCAAAGGUUCUGCGAGAAGUUACAAGUUUCCCUGGAGAAGAGGAUACACGAGUUUCACACUUUGAAGAAGCAGAACAGCAUUCGCAAGACGCAGUUGGAGAAGAAGAUCAACGACAUGGAGCAGAUGGCGAAUGAAAUGAGCAAGCAGAAGAGCGAAUUAUUGCAGUUCAGGGAAAGCACCGAGAGAAAAACGACGGAUACCCUGUUGAUUCUCAACAAGGAAAACGAAUCGUUACGAGCGAGGAUCAAACAGCUGGAGGAUGAAACCGAAACUGCCAAGGCGACCAUUUCCACUCUCAGGAAAGAGUUAGAACACCUCACUCUUUCGCACAGUGAGAUAUUCGUGGAGAAUAGCAAACUAACGAACGACAAAUUGAGGCUCGAGCAGGAAAUCAGGAAGAUGGAGGGCCGAUACGACGGAACUGUCCGUUCGCUGCACGACAAGUUCAGCAAAGAGAUAUCCGAUCUAAAUCAGAUCAACGACUCGCAUAGAGCAAGAGUGCAGGAACUCGAGACUGCGAACAAAGAGUUCAGAAGGCACAUAGCGGUGUGCGAAGCCAGCGACUCGGCGCCAAGCUCUAGCGGGGUGUCGUCGAUACCUACGGACACUACGCUCAAGCCGAUUUGCGACGAUAUUCUACAAGAAUAUCAACCUUAUAACAACUCGCAGUAUUGGCAGCUGACGAAUUAUUCUACAAUGGGAGCGCGCAGUAAGUCCAGUUGUUCGCCGGAUUUAGGGAUAGAAAGCGACGCUGCCGUCACCACCGUGAGGCCCUUGAAAGAGACAUUGAAGAUCACGGAGUCGAUGACCAAUUUGCUGAGCGAUGAAGAGAACGGAAAUGGUAACCACAGAGCUCGAGACUCAGAUAGCCAAAGUCCAUUACCGAUAGAAGGUCUUGACGAAGUAGAGGCUUUGAAGCAUGAGAAUGAAUUGUUAAAGCGACGACUGAUGAAAACUAAGAAAGCACUAGAGGACACGUUUGAGCAUCUAUCAGCAUCGAACAAGAACAAGAAGAAUGUCGAGAAGGCGAUAAUAAAACAGCUGAUGAUCACGAAGAAUGUCUUGAAGAAGACGAGGACAUUCGAGGAACCUUUAAACGACUAACAGAGAUCACAGACUGAUACAUGAAGAACAGAGGAGAACAAGCAGCAUGACAUUGUUAUUCGUGCGAUUAGACGUUCUCGAGGAUUUAUUGUUCAAUUGCACGAAUGUAUCGUGUUUUGUCUGUUUUUAUUUGUCCUUUUCCCACAUUUACGAGGUGAGAAAACGAACGGUACAUAUCGGUACAAAGAAUUACGAUAUAUACUCGUAGGCAUUAAUGUUUAUCGCCAAAUUUUUUAACAAGAAAAUUUCUAAAUGAAAGAUAUUUUCAUACGGACAAAACACUAUUUUCGCUAACGAUAGAAAUAUGAAAACGAAACGAAAGAGAGUUUAUGACGACACUGUACAUUGAAUUUGUAUAUAUUUAUAUAAUAGAAUACGCACAUGUAUGACAUUUUCGUAGAUUUUCUUUUUUCGUGGAGAAUUUCUUCCAAAUGCUGAUUACACGGCGUAGGACCACGCCGCUCGUUGUAGUCAGCACUCGUUCGUUGACGUAUUUCGCUUUAGAAUUAACAGAAAUUCGCGCGUGUGUGUACAUAAGUAUUUUAUGUAUCAUAAUGUAGUAUCUUUCUGUACAUAGUCACCAUGAAUAAAGUGCCAUUGAUAUUUAGAA